AUGGGCAUCUCUGACAACGACGUACAAAAGCAACUUCGCCACAUGAUGGCCUUCAUUGAGCAGGAGGCAAAUGAGAAGGCUGAAGAAAUUGACGCCAAAGCCGAGGAAGAAUUUAACAUCGAAAAGGGACGUCUUGUUCAACAGCAACGUCAGAAGAUCAUGGAGUUCUAUGAGAAGAAGGAAAAGCAAGUUGAAUUGCAGCGAAAAAUUCAGUCGUCAAACUCUUUGAACGAGGGCCGCCUAAUGUGUUUGAAGGCACGCGAAGAUCACAUCAGAAAUGUGCUUGAGGAAGCUAGGAUGAACUUGUCGAAGAUCUCUGCAGACCAAGGUCGAUAUCCCUCAAUUCUUAAGGGACUGAUCAUGCAGGCUCUUCUGCAACUUCUUGAGAAGGAAGUUGUGCUGCAGUGCCGCGAGAAAGAUCUCCAGUUGGUUGAAAAGCUUCUUCCAGAAUGUCUUGAUGCCCUCGAAAAGGAAUGGGGAGAGAAAACUAAGGUUUGUUGUGGUUUUUGUGCUACCUUUUUUCCGACUAGUUCAUUUCUAAUGACAACUGUAGGUUAGAU